AUGUUAUCAAUGCGGCAGAGAACCUUAUCAGAAAAAUCAGCAAGAAGAGGUCUUAAUUCCUGGAAAAAUGUCAAACUUCUUAGAAGCGAAGCCAUUACUGAAAUUAAGGAUUUCCUGAUAGUUGAACCGGAAGUUAAAACCGAAGAUUUAGAACCAGAAGAUAUUGAUAGAUUAAAAUCAGCAGUUUUGGAAGACAUUAGAAAAAAACGAGCAUCCAAGUCAGGAAAAAGUAGAAUUCAAACCCUUUUAGAGUUAGCCAAGACUAAAAAUGAUUUUGAAGAAUUAUUUCCUAUAAUCAAACAACUUAAAGAAUUGAGGUUUAUCGAAGAUUACAAGGAAUAUCGGGAACAAAUUGAGGAACUAGAAGCAAAGUUAAAGAAUAUGAACCCACAAGAAUACUACAAGAGAAUUAAGGGUUCGUUUGAUGAGCAAAUUAAAGAUAAUGACUUAACUUAUGAAGAACUUAGUGAGGAAACCAAAGCAGCAAUAGAAGAGGCCAAAAAUUCUGGCGAGCCUGAAAAAGUUAGGAUUGCCGAAGAAUUAAUUGACAUAGAUAGUAGCACUAAACGUUUAAAUCAACUUUUAGUUCGGGUCGGUCAAGUUAAAACAAAACCGGAAAAAGAAGAAUUAUUAAAGGAAUUAUUAAUUUUUGCUGAGGAAAAUCUUUUUAACCAAAGAGCCUACGAAAAGAAAAAAAGCGAGGUGGACGAAAUUGUUAAUUGGUUAAUAAGAGAAACUCAAACUCAGCCAUCUUCUUCCCAAGAUUUUCCUUACCUUCCUAUUUUUUUAAUUUUGAUCGGUUUUCUUGUGGGUCUAAACAAGGAGCUAUGGCUAAAUGGUAAAGCAGAAGAUUGCAGAUCUUCAGAUUCUACCGGAACCCCCACUUUAGGAAAUUAUUGUGGCUUGAUUCAUCAUAUCCUAAAAAUCCAAAAUGAUUAUGAAGUAAUAAUUAUGAUUGCUGACUUACACUCUUUAACUGUUCCAAAAAAAGAAUUUGAUUAUCAAGCCAAGGUUUUUGAAAUGGUUGCUUUACUUUAUGCUUGUGGGCUAAACGAGAAUUGCAGAGUAUAUAUUCAGUCUUCGGUAAGUGAGCAUUUAGAACUAAUGAACUUAUUAUCUCCUCAUAUUACAGUUGGUAAAUUAGGCGACAUGACUCAAUAUAAAGAUAAAAUAAAAAAGGAAGGAGGAACCGGUAAUUUAGCUCUUUUAUCUUAUCCGGUUCUAAUGGCCGCGGACAUUCUGCUUUAUAAUGCUGACUUAGUAAUUGUCGGUCAAGACCAAAAACAACAUUUAGAACUAACUGAAGGUUUAGCCAAUAAAUUUAACAAUUUCUAUGGUCGAGAAUUAUUAAAAAUACCUAAAUUUGACAUUCCUAGCCUAGGAGGAAAAAUUAUGGGUUUAAAUGACCCCACAAAAAAAAUGAGCAAGAGUGAGAAUGAUUAUAUCGGACUUUUAGAUACGCCUGAAACAGUAAAAGAAAAAUUAAAGAAAGCCAAAACUGACAGCAAUGAUAAACUUUACUAUGACUUUAAAGAUGAGAAUAAGGAAAUAACCGAAGUGGUAGAGGAAAUGAAGAUGGAUGAACUAGACUACAAAGAAUUUAAAGAAAAAGUUGCUGAAAUGAUAAAUGAAAAAUUUGCCCCAAUCCAAGAAAAGUAUCAAAAAUACCUUCCAAAAGUUAAAGAAAUGUUGUUCAAAAACAAUAAAUAUCUAAAAAGUUUAGCGGAGAAAAAACUUGCUGAUAUUAAAGAAGAGUUAAAACUAGUAUAG